UUUAAGAAUACCCAUGAUGUCCAUUUCGUGGAUAUUCGCUGUGAUCUUAUGCUUUGUGGCCUUGAGAGUGCAUGGUCAUGGGAAAAUAAAAGUUACAACGGAAUCUAAACUUGGCCCAUGCAAUGAAAGAAAUUUUGGGGAAUUAAUUUUGGUCAAUGAUCGUAAAGGAAAGAACACUUUAUUGGUCUGCAGUAAAGAUGAAGGGAAAUUUGGAUGGAGUACGACAAACGAUGAUGGUCAGACUGGAGAAAUAUCUAAUCCAGGUUACGAUUGCGUGUCGAUAUUGCAUGCUAAUCCUGAAGCCGAAGAUGGAUUUUACUGGAUAACACUGAACAACAGAAAACCAAAGAAG